GGCUUCCUCUAAAAUGUAAAUAACCUAAAACUUGGCUCUGGGGAAUUGCACUUAAAUGCCAUAAAACGUUACUUUACCACUGGCCUUACAAAUAUCUGCCUGUCAAUACAUCGAAUCACAUCUUAAAUAAAAGUUCAUUUUUAUGAUUACCCAGUUUUUCAGAUCAAAUUCUACUUAUUUAGUAGCUUACUGUUUUUAUCCCAAAACAUCUAAUUUAUGUCCGAUUGACAACCUACAGUUAGUUACCUUGUAACCAUUUUUGAUGAUUGGAUUGAUUGAUCUUCGCACCAGUGACGUCGCUCAGUCUGUCAGAAAAGACAGUGUUCAGAUGUAUUCUGACUGACCAUGGUGCGCGAGAUCAGAACAUCUCACCGGCCAACGGACAGGAUGCAAACCCCCCAGGUUUACCAUUACCUCAACUUCCAUCGUUGCAAAUGUCAAACCCAGUAGUAAUUGAAACUCAUGGAUUCCAGAUUCUAAAGGUAAAGCAAUUUAUUUUAUAAUUCUCCAAGUUAAUGUCUGAAUAAGUGAACGUUAGGAAACCCAUGUGAACAAUUGAUCAAUUCAAAACACUCGCCACACCUUCACGCACUGUAAGCACAACUGAAGUUAUGUAGCCUAGAUAUAAGGAAAUUGUAAUUGUUAAUACAUUCACUAGUCCAUUGCACCCAAUUACACCUGAAAGCAACCUGUUGAGAGGAGCCAAAAAUAAAUUCGCCAGGACAGUGGACACUUACCAAUCAAUUUAACCAGGUUGUAUCCUCAAGUAGGACAACCUUACCACCAGUCAACUCAGGCUUGUGUGGCCAUUGUGUUCCACAGUAUUUGUUCUGCAAAUCCUUGACCAGCCCGAUUGUUUUCAUAUCCUUAAGAGCGCGCCAUGUGAUUGCGCUUGGCACGGCAGUGGGCGCGCGAAACCCCCUGGCCUUUAAUCCCGUUACAGUUAGUCGCUGAUUCAUAUAGUCCAAGGUGUGGCCGGUUUUUAUUUAGCUACUUAUCGCUGCCCUGAUCUCAGAGCGGUGCCCCGAUCUCAGAUUUCAUAGAGCAGGUUAUGUGGGGCAACGGGCCAGGCAGUGGAGGAUUUAUAUUCCAUUCGCCAUGGUAAUGUACCAUAGUAGGCUACUAUAGACCUGCCUAUCUUUACACAUCUUAAAAUAAGAGGCGUUUAGUCUAGACACAUUUCUUGUGUUGUGAUACACUAAUAGCCUGCGAACGCAUAUCUUCAUGGAUUAAAAACCGCAGAGAAUAGGCCUUUUAGACAGGACCAGGCUUAUAGGUCUAGAAGGGUUCCAUAAUAGUAUUUCAGAAAGCGGAACUUAACUAUUUUGUGUUGUUUCUAAACCUUUAUUACAAGGUUACAGAUGAAGGCCUGGUCUUAUGUCAAGUAUGACUUGUCUAUUCCACUGUUCAAAGUAAAGCAUAUAGGAAUAUAUAUGUUUUAAUGUCCAACAGAUACAUUUUCUACUGAAUAUGACUGACUUGAUGGUGAUGUAUUUUGUCCUGUAUAUUGUGAAUAAACGUUGUCAAAGCGGUCAGACUUGAGUGUUGACCGUCAUUCGUUUCCUGAAGCCCUAGAAGGCCGACAUUAUGUGGUGCUGAUUUUAUGUCUCGCUGCAAAGCAGUUUAUGUGCUCGGAUGUAUGCCAUUUUACCCACUUAUACAAUGCAAUAUUUUCUCUAGCCGCUGGGAGCUGCUCUCGCUCCACUAGCAGGCGUGAGGAUUACGCAGCCCCCUCUCCAUUUUACUGUUGCCCAGGCCACACUACGCGCACACACACUCAGCCUCACACCACAACUGGAUGUGUGCCAAACAGGACUCUCACAAGAGGUGGAGUGGACUUUCCGGUGCGCCUCUAAAUUGGCCCAUCUCCCCUGAUGGCGACUACCCUGUUUUAUACAGUCCGGCUUCCAACACCAUGACAUUGCAAGGAACAUACACAACAUACAAUCACUCACCUGCCAGUCUGAUGAAUUUCAUUCAUAACAAAAAGUGAUUCCUCAAACAGCCUUUUCCAAUUUCUUAACGGUGAUCUAUUUCAAUCAAUAGUUAUUGUAGGCAUAAGAAAACAUCUCCUGUCAUCAAUUUUAUUUAAAAAAGAAUGACCACUUUGGCGUUAUCUGUCUAUCUCUAUGUUUUUGUAACAUUUUAUAUGACGACACAGAAAUGAAAUGAAUACAGGAAUUCGCUUUUCGGACAUAUUGUGGUCAUGGGGUCAUUUUCUGCGUCUCGCGACCAUGACUCCAGUUCGCUUUUUGUGUGACGCCCCCCAAAUCUAUGAAGAGUGUUUGCGUGUUCCGCUCAGCGAGUGGCGGGGACGAGGAGGUGGGAAUGCGAGACGGUAAAGGCGAAGGACCUAUGCAGCCACCGAACUGGACAACUGGUUUACGGCUCCGUUUUCUCGGUUGAUCACUGUAGAUAAAGAUUGGAUGUGUCUAAUAGUUGACAAUUUCUUAGGAUUUUUUUCUGUCUCCCUUUAUUUAUUCAAAUAUUCGUGGAAGACACCACGAACAAACCACUGGACAGUGGGGCUCUGGUCAGCUCGCAUCGUAUUGCUCCACAUGGUAUAAAGGUAUCAGAGAGGAUCAUGGGAAUAUAACAGCUGUCAGUGUGUUGUGAUUGGCUAACUGAGAGCUGGACUGUUGUCACUGUUCUUACCUUGGCAUUACCCCACCACCUCCCCACCCCCCACCCAGUAUGGCAGAUACCCUGGACAUCUCUGGCCCUUCCUCUCCGGAACAGCAGAGAGCCAAUAGGAUCCUCAGUGAGCCGCUAAGACGAAGCCUGAAGCGCUCUCAUCCCUGCUCCCUCUCAGAGUAUCUCAACAACACCAACAGAAUAGCCCACCACCAUAGUAGCUCCAGUAGUACGGAUAUCAGGGGCUUCCUCCACCCCACCGCAGCCCAGCACAGGCCCAACCAGCCCAGGCAGCCCAAGCCUCACCGGGCCCCCUCCUCCAACAUAGACCUCUGGGACUCCCCCAGUGGGCUUCACCUGGCUCAUGCUGCAGAGCUGCUGAUGAGGGCUGGGGCCUUGACACUGACUCCCACACCCAAAGACCAGGGCCCUCUGGGCGGGCUGGGGGCUGGGGAGGCUGGGGGGGAUGGGGAGGAGGUGGAAGGUGGGUCCAGGGUUGAAGGGGACAACAUGGGUUGUGUCACAGACUUCCUGCCACUGCUAGGCUGCUCCUGGUUCUCCUUGAACCCAGGCCUGUUUGCUCUGACAGCAGGAGGAGGGGGAUUCCUGACUGGUGGUGGAGGGUCAAUGGGAAUGGCUGGCGUUGGGGAGGGUGUGGAGGGGUUGCGAGGUGAGAGCUCGUCCCCUGGCGGCGGGGGGGGAGCUGGGAGAAGGAAGAGGAAGCGAUGCGGAGAGUGUGUGCCAUGUCGACGGAUGGGGAACUGUGAAGAGUGCAGUGCCUGCCGCAACCGCAAGACCGGACACCAGAUCUGCAAGUACAGGAAGUGUGAGCAGUUGAAGAAGAAGGCAGCCACUGGGUUAGAGAAGAUGGUGUUUCCGUCAGGAGCAGCGUUUCCAUGGCUACAAUAGGAUUCCACCUAUCUCUCCCAAAGAACUGCCAGUCAAAUUAAAUUGACUCUGCCCAUUUGGAAUGUGAUCAUGGACACUCUGGACGUACAAACGUACAAAGUCAAUUCAGGUGGCCUUGUUGGAUUGGCUUGGAGAGUACUGUAUCUUCGACAAUCAAAAACAUGAAGAUGAAAACUCAAUGAAGAAAAGACAAGUCAUACCAAUGGAUUUACAUAUUGUUGAGCCCAAAAUGAACCACCUCAUUAACCACAGAGUAUUGUUUAUUCAUUGAAAAUGUAAUUCCUUUUUAUACUCCAUUUUGGAACAUUUUGUCAUCGAAGCUUCUGACCUGGACGUUUCCAUAUAAGCCAAACCAAGAAGGACAGACGUGGUCAUAAUAUGAUGUUUAUGUUUGUUUUUCUAUUCAUGUCACAGUUAAUAAAAUGAUGAGUAGUAGAUGUACUUAA